AUUGAUGGUUUUCAAAACGAAUUCGAACGCUUAAGCGAACGGUUGUGUUUCCUCCCAAGCAAAGAAAAAAACAAUAUUUCAAAAACAAAAAAUUAAAAACCCAGAGAAAUCGAAAAAAGUUGUUAACGAACGAAAUAGUGUAAUAAAUUAAAGCGGACAAAAAUAAAAGAAAACAUUUUUUUGUGGUGCAUCCCAAAAAACCGGUUGUUAAAUGCGCGCUGCAAUAAAAACAACAAGAAAUAAACAACAAAAACCAUAAAAGAAGCAACGUUGCACAUUUUCUGGACUGCUGAUAAAACUGUAAAAAAAGAAGCAAAAAUUUAAGAAAAUUAAAGAACAUUAGAAAAAAAAUCUGAAAGAAAAACAAGAUGGCAUUCUCGAUUGUGAGCCGCGGUAUUUUGCGCACUUCGAGAGAAAUUCUGGAACGCAACAUGGCCGCAACUGUCGGCGCUCUUCAACAGACUACCACCCCGCCCCCGAACACGCCUAUUUCGCACAGUGACUGUCAUCGCCUUUUCCUGGCAACCGGUGGCAAUAUCUGUGGACAUGGAGCACACUCACUGCUGUGGCAUCAAAUGCCAACUGCCGUGGUCCAGGCCGUCCGUCAAUAUUCAAAGAAAUCCGCCGGAGCGGCCAAAUUGCGACGUGAGGUGGAAAGUGAUAGCGAUUCCGAUUCGGACGAUGAGUUCGAGCGUCGUCGCCAGAAAAUGGAUUCCAAGCGCAGCGAACGGGGCGACUCUGCCUUCUGGCGCCGCAAGAUGCGUACUCUGCACCGCAUUUUGGACGUCAACCACGACGGCGUCGUAUCCUUUGACGACUUUAGUUUGCUGGCCAAACGCUUCAACGAUCUGGGCCAUUUGACCCCAGAGGUCGCCGCCGAAUUCAACGAUGUGAUCAAACAUACGUGGGAGGAGCAGUUCGGGGAGAUUACCCCCUACAAUCUGGUGACUGCCGAGCAGUUUCUCACCGAUCUGCACCAUCGUCUCAACGACAAGAAGAUGGCCAAGCGCAUUGGUCGCUUCCUGCCCUAUUUGUUUAAGGCUGUGGACUUUGAUCACACUGGCCAUUUGGAUCUCGAACAAUACAAGCUCUUCUUCCGCUGUCUGGGACUGACCGAAGACGACGCUGCCGUUUCAUUCGCUGUGAUAGACAAGAACGGCGAUGGCCAAUUGUCGCUCAAGGAGUUUGUGCAUUUGGGCCGCCAGUUCUUUUUAACCGAGGACGACUCAAAGAUAUCGAAAAUGUUCUGGGGACCGCUGGUGGCCGAUCAUUGACGGGUUGCAGUCACUGCUGUAGAUCACAAUACAAUCACAAUAAUACCAGAAAAUCCGUUCUACAAUCUAGACUAUCCAAAUCAACGAUUGCAUAACCAAGAAAACGUCCGAUGCCACAACAUCGGCAGCAAUAACACCAUAAAGCCAAUGCUAAAUACAUUAAAAUCGACAACGAAGAUGGCCAAUAAUAACAAUGAUGAUAACGAUAUAAAGAUAAUGGCCCAUUCGUUGCCAACUCGCGUGCAGGCGGCAGGCGGCAGUUGGCUAAAUCUACAGCAUGUGGCGCCGCAUAAAUCGGGACCAAUGAGAACCAUGAUGACCAACACCACCACCACGAUCGUUAUAAGGAACAUGAGCAUUUACGACUAUUUACGCCAACAUUUGUGCGGAUCGAAGCGCCAGCGCUCGACCUUUGAACCCCAUCCAUCGUCCAAUUGUCCCGCCUCCAAAUUGCGAAAGCACAACUUUAGCAAUUACCAAAAGGAACGGGAGAGGGAACGUGAAAGGGAGAGGGAAAAACAGCAUAAACAUAAAGAUCACCGAUCCAGGGGCAGACCAUCGAUGGAUGACUACGAUAUAAGAUUCUUUUUCUACCUUAAUUCGCUAAUUUUAUUCACCAUGUCGUGCAGUCGUCAGUCGGCCGCCGAGGGCGAUGACCUCAAGCACUUUAUUUGCGACCGGAUCCGGAAAUUCGAUCGUUUACGGCGAAAGGCCAGAAAGCGCCGGAAGCGAAGGCCCAAACAACAACAGCUGACCGAGAAUCAAAUGCACCUCUAAACACUCGGAAAGCGGAGCUACUACAUACUACACAUGCGCAACCCUAUUUACCAUAUACAUAAUCGAUUAUUUUUUUGCCUAGUUAAGAGUUACGUUUAACUGAUAUAUUACACAAUACAGCAAGCAUGAUAUAACGGAAUAAAACUGAUUUUAAAAUGUACGAUUAAUAA